CUCCCGCCAUUGCGCGUCCCCCCGUGACGAGGCGAGCUCAAGCACGCAGGAAACUAACCACGGGAAAGCGAAGCGAAGCGAGCGAGAUGGUGGUGCUCAUGGAGGAGUUCCACGGCCUGACGCUGAAGAGGAAGGGCGCGGACGAGCUGGAGCUGUUCGACGUCGGCGGCGACGACCGCUCUGGCUUCCCGCUCUCCUGCCGCGCCACCAAGAUGCGAAGGCUGGUGUCUCCCGAUGGCCACCACCACCAGAACGCGCCGGCGGUGGGCGGCGUCGUGACGACGACUGGACAGGAUGACGUGCCCAUGGGCGACGCGCCGGAGCCAGCGCCCGGCGCCAGGGGCGGGGAGGAGACGGCGAUGGUGCUGUACGGCGACGCCGCGCGGAGCGUGCCGCGGCUCCGGCCAUGGUAUUCCCUGCGCGCCGGGGCGGACUGGGUCCGGGCCAUGCUCCAGGAGGCCGACAGCCGGACGGUGCGGGAGCUGCUGUCCGGCGCCCACGAACAGGACGCUGAGAUGGCGUUGGCCGUCGUCCCGUGGGUGGCACCAUCGCCGGCGGAGGAGACAGAGCCGUCCACGCCCUCGGAGGCGGCGGACGGCGGGGACAGCGAGGGCGCGGCGGCGAUGGACGUCGAGGAAGACGAAGACCAGGGUCGUCGCUGGACCAGCCAAGCAUACGGCAGCUCUGGGACCGGCUGCGGCGAGGGGUACGCGUACCGGUGGCCGCAGCACUGCAUGCUGCCGCCGCAGCUGCCGACGGUUGGCCAGGCGAGCCCGGUGACGUGGUCGUGGUAAAACCGAAUGGUAGCAGUGGACAGUAGGACAGCCACGUUUGCAUUGAUUCCAGUUGGAAUCGACGCCAUUGGUGAUGGUUCGGAGCAAUCUGCCUCUCUCGAUGCUUAAUUAGUUGUGGAUAUCGAUCAAUCUUAGAUUCUUAGUGUAGUUGUUGCGAGAUCGAAAGCUCCGAUUGUGUGGCUGAUUACGGGAUCGUAAGCGAUGGCUAGGGUGUGUUUGGAUGACUGUUCGAGCGGUGGAUGGGAUUGUCCCAUCAGAAUUUUAGGAUGAUUCCGGUGCUUGGUUGGUGAAUUGUGAGUGGACUAGCCCCUUCAAUGGAAGGCAAUAUUUCCCCAGAUGCUGGAUGAGCCGAUUUUCAGCCAGA